CCAGGUGAGCACCAGCACCACCACAGUGGUCCCCAGGAGCACCUUCACUCCCAGCCCACCAGUAGAGAGCACAGCUGGAACCAGCCCUGGUGUCUCCACCCUGACCAUAGGGACAUCCCCCAAAAGCCCCAGUGCCGCCCCAGGUGAGUACAGCUGUAAGACAGGGACACAAUGUGAUAAAGCUCUUCCCCCUCCACAGAGCCCCCACCUCCUGCCCCCUGUGCCCUAUAUAUGGUGGGGCUGAGGGGUGUGGCCGCAGUGGGUGUGGUCAAAGUGGGCGUGUCCUGGGUGGGGGACGUGGCUUCAGGUGGACGUGGCAGCAGCACCCCCAGGAUGCCCCAUCCGUGUGCCUGUGCCCCAUCCCAGGAGCCGUCCUCUCUGUCCUACCACCUGCAGCCUGGUGACAGCCCGGCAGUGAGAGCCCAGCACCCCUGGGUGCCUGCAUCCUGCCCACACCACUGGUGGUGCCCCACUGUGCUGGCACCCAGCCGUGUCCCUGCAGCGUGACAGCCCCAGCAGAGUGCCGUGCCCUAGCACGCCUGCAGGACGCUGUGUCCUGGCCCAGCGCCUCCAAGGGGCCUCAUCCCUGACCCCAGGAACAAGGAAGCAGCUCCGAUUGUUGGCAGCACUGGGCUGUGACAUGCACUGGGCUGUGACACGUGCUGGGGAAGUGAUGCUGCACGGACAGCCCAGGAGAUGAGUCCUCAAGCCAGAGCACGCCCUUCCUGGCUCUGCCUCCUUGUGCACAGGGUGGGCUGCUGUCUCUGAGGGCCUCGGUGCCGACAGACACCACACAUUGUCCCUUUCUCGGAGUACAGGGUCCCAGGCUGUUCCCAGGGCCUUUCCCAUUGGCACUGCCCUUCUACCGGCAUAAGUCUCCGGCUGCAGGGACUCUGCUUGUGGCUGUUCUGGGGCCCCCGUGCAGCUGAUGGCUGCCGGGCAUCGUGCCCAUCCCUGGGAGCACCCGUGCUGGGUGGGAGCCCCUGUGGCAAUGCCAGCACCCGGGCAAUAAAGGGACCCACCUGGAUGCUCGUCCACUGCUGGGUGAAGGCGACGUGGAAACCGCAGUGCCGGGGCGGUGGGGAGCGCUCAGAGCGGUGCCAACCGGGAGACAUCGGCUCCUGUCUCCCCGGACAUGGCUGCACGCAGGGGAGGGCUGCCCCUGUUCCUGCUGCUGAGCCUCGCUGGGUCAAAGCUGGCGCUGGGGACCACAGCCAUGGGUGCGACAGUGCCAACACCCACGGAGUCCCCCAUGCUGCUGCCCAGCAGCACUGCCCCCACUUCUCCCUCCAGCCCUGAAACAGAAGCCCCCACCCCAGCAAUGCCCAGCGCUGCCCCAGAGACCAGCAGUGCUCCCCCCAUGUCAGCACACACAGCUGCAUCACCUGAGCCCUCUACAACCGUGGUAGACACCACCACCACCUCCAUCACCGGCACAGCAGUCCCUAGGAGCACCCCCAAUCCCAGCCCACCCCAGGGGACCACCACUGGGACCAGCCCCGGUGUCUCCACGCUGACCACAGGAAAACCUCCAGAAACCUCGAUGGCACCGCAGAGCUCGAGUGCCACCAUAGGCACGAAGCCCUCCUCCCCUGCCACCACCCCAACACAGAGCCUGGAUAUCACCACCAGCCCCUCUGCAGAGCUGCCACCGACGCUGCCCACCUGUCCCAGUGCCCCGAGCAAUGCCAGUGCGUCCCAGCUCUUCUUCUCCAUGCGUCUCACCACUCCUCUGGACAUGGGAAACACCACAGUACAGAAGCUGCUCCUGGCCAAACUCCACAGGGACCUGCAGGCUGCCUUCCCAUGCACCGGGCUCAUGCUGCAGUGGAGGGGGAACAAGCUGAUCUGAGCCCAUUGCCGGGGGAUGCUGAGCAGGACUGAGCCAUCCCCCACCUGCCCACAUCCCUCUGGGUGACCCGCAUGGCCCCAUCUGCUUCCCUGCCCCCUCCAGCGCCCCCCUGUGCCCUGUUUUCUACCCCUUCCCACAGCCGGACUGCCGCCCCAUGGCACUGAUGAUGAAGAAAGAGCUCUGCAGCCCCCCUCUGCCCCGUUAUCACCAUGCAGCAGUGGCCCUGCUGGCAGCCAGGGGACACCAGAGGGUCCCAUCAGCUGCCCCCCAUGAGCUGUGCGUGCCAUGGGGCCAUGGAAAUUCUGUGGGCUGAGCUCCUUCCCUGUUUUUUUCCAGUCCCUGGUUGAGGAGACGGCCGCAGCGUCUGCCUCCCCUGCAGCAAAGUCAUUUAUUAACUGAUUAAUUAGCCAGAUAAAAUGAGAGCGAAGCAAUUAUUACCCUAAGCAAGUCACCUCGCAGGGAGAUUAAAAAAGUGGAAUGAGCAAAAA